GAAAUAAAUAAUUAUGAAUUAUACAUAGGGGAAGGGAUCUUUUUGUACAUUUUUCAGAAAUACAUAAGUAGCGGGUGCUUAAGUAGACACUCAAUGAGGUAUUAGAUAGGUACCUACCUAUUUGGUACUUCAGACUAGAAUGAUGUCGGUACCUACUACUUAUGUUAGUUAGAAAUUCUUUUUAUAUCUAUUUUUUGUAUCAAUUUUGUUGCAUGAGCUUACGCACUUCUGCAUACUCCGUUUAUCAGGGAAUGACUUCAAUUAACAUUACUUGUGAAAAUCCUUGGCAUUAGCAAAAACUGUCAGCGCUCAGGUAGUGUCGUUAUGGUUAACAAUAGGCAGCCAGGAACAUGAUGCAACUUCUCUACGAAAUAACGUCAUGUUAAUGUAGUGCCGCUCAAGGUAAAUACUCGUAUUAAAGACUCGUGUGGUUCAAAUAGAAAAAUAAAUGUAAUUGUUUUAUCACCGCGGCUUAUUCGUGCACAUUCAGCAAUCAAAAUAGCUGUCAAAGUUUACAACAGUCCUGAUUUUACGGCCUGCAACAAGUUCUACUCGGACACUACGAUUCUCUGUCUUUGUUCAGUGUGCGCACAAUACAAUGGUGGCGUCCCUGUCGUGCACAGCGCAGUUCCAGUAGCGCGCAUGGUGUUCCGCAAGUAGUGCUCCACACAUGCGCUGCGGCGACUGCUCCGAGUGGUCGGGUGAUCGCGUCCUUAGUAAACUUCGGCUGACGUCAGCACGGCAUCGUCUAUUCCAGUUUCGCAGAUCAUAAAAAUGGUAACAGAAAGUGAUUCAGUCGUGUGAGAUAUUCCGUGGCGGCGAGUCACCCGGCGCUCUCGUCUGAUACCGCGUUUCGAGCGUGGUUGGCGCGUGUAUUAUACCCACGUGCGUCGCGUUUACCGGUGUUAGCGAUUGAUUUUUUUGCGGAAUGGGUGAAGAAUCUCAGGCCAGCGAUGGCAAAGUGGUUUUAAAACGUAAAAUAACAUUGUUUAAUGGAGUUGGAAUAAUUAUCGGGACUAUUAUUGGUUCCGGAAUAUUUAUAUCUCCGACUGGAGUUUUCUUAUACACUAGAUCUGUGGGCGCAUCACUAUUAAUAUGGCUGGCGAGUGGGCUUCUGUCCACUCUUGGCGCCCUAUGCUACGCGGAGCUAGGGACCUCAAUCACGAGGUCUGGAGGUGACUACGCCUACAUCUACACGGCUUUUGGGCCCCUACCUGCGUUCCUGCGUAUGUGGAUAGCCCUGCUCAUCAUUAGACCGACGACUCAGGCUAUAGUGGCCUUGACCUUCGGCAAUUAUAUAGUGAAGCCUUUCUUCCCUGAACGUAACCCACCUGAAUUGGCUGUGAAGCUCCUUGCUGCUGUUUGUUUAU